UACUGUUCAGCGCUAUAGAAACUAGCAAUCACUAGCAGAUAACCACGGCCCGCCUUAUGCGCCUGAAAUAGUGUUUCCACAUGGAAACUUUGUCAACUCAACGCUCUCGUCACUAGGCCACUAGACCUGCUGUCAGCAACCUAGAUACACGGUUCUUUGCACAAAAUGAGUGUGAAAGCGCAUUCGUCGACAGCCGCGGAGGCAGCAAACAAAAGCUUCGUCGCAACCGUGAAGAUUGUGGCACUGGUUCUUGCCUGGUAUGGCGUUAAUAUUGGCCUCCUGAUUGCCAACAAGUGGCUAAUCAGUGAGACCGGGUUCCGCGACACCACACUUCUCACACUUCUUCACAUGGUCACGUGCAUGGCGGCCAGUGGGCUGCUCAUGGGCGCCGGGCUGGUGCCCACCAAGAGCAUGAGCAUGCAGUUGCUGUUCAAGGUGGCGGUGCUGUCGCUGUCCUUCACCGUGUCGGUGGCGGCUUGCAUGGCCUCCCUCGCCUACAUCCCAGCCAGCUUCGCGCAGGCGCUAGGCGCCUCCACGCCGGUCAUCACGGCGGCGCUGGCAUUGCUCAUACAGGGCCGACUGGAGAACCGCGUCACCUAUGCCGCGCUGCUGCCAGUGGUGGGCGGCAUUGCGCUGGCGAGCGGCGGAGAGCCUCUGUUCAGCGCGCUAGGCCUGGGUCUGCAGAUGCUGGCAUGCACGGCCCGCAGCCUCAAGACCGUGCUGCAGGCCGCCAUGCUGACAGACGAGCGCGACAAGUUCCACCCCAUGUCCCUGCUGGGCUACACCAGCGCCAUCUCCGCCUGCUUCCUGCUGCCGCUGGUGGCGGCGGUGGAGCCGCGCGGCCUGCAGCACAUGGCGGCGCUACACGCCAACAGCGCGCACUUCACGCCGCUGCUGCUGGUCAGCUGCGGCAGCGCCUUCCUGGUCAACUGGACCAACUUCGUCAUCAGCAAACAGCUGGGCGCGCUGACGCUGCAGGUGCUGGGUAACUUCAAAAACGUGGUGGCAGCCGGCGCCUCCAUUGCCGUCUUCAACAACCCAGUGACCGCCAUGGGCAUCACUGGGUACGGCAUCACCACAUUCGGCGUCUUCUUGUAUUCCCACAUGGUCCGGAUCCACCCCGCGACCAAGGUCACGCCAGUGAUGGGCCUGGGCCUCACAAACCCCACCAGCAGCGGCAGCGGCAGCGGGCUGGAUGGCGGCGGGAAGGAGGGCGGCGGUGGAGGCGGCGUGGCUGCAGCCAAGGACGUGGAGACGGGCAGCGUGUCGGCGUCGGCUGCCUCCUUGGGCAGCAGCAGCGUGCGGCGCGCGAAGGAGGCGGUGGAGGGGUUAGAGGGCGGGGAGAGGGAGCCGCUGCUGUCGCGGUCAGGGCAGCCGGCAUAGUGGUUGAGAACGUACGUACGCAUGUGGGGAGGAGCGACCAGGUAGUGUGGGUGCCGGCGGGCAGGUAUGUAGGCAGCAGGGUAGGCAGCAGGUAGGGCCGCAUGGGGGAGCAUGAGUAACGGCGGGAGUGACAGGUAGGAGUAACAGCAGACCGGACGUUAGGUAGCUAGGGUCACUAUGCUUAUCUGUGUGGUUUGUGUGGGCACAGUAAGCAAGUUCGAGGAUGUGGACGGUGUGGUCCCUGGGGCUGUUCCGAUUCAAGGCUGCACAGGGUGCCGACGUGUGGCAUUGGCCGGGUACAGAUGUAUGAGGCAAGAGAGGAGUGGAGAGCAGGCACGCUACUACCCGAGGGCCUAUCUGAUCCAUUUUUACGGCCCGUUUGAUGAUGAGGCCGUGGGAGCAUGCGCGCCGCAUGCAUUCCCCUCAGAAUGAAAGCAACUUGGCAUAUACGUAUGCGAAUGCAAGCAUCGGAUGGGUCUAAACGCAAGAGGGUCCGCCGCGCCGCCGACCAUGCAUGACCAUUGUAAAGCGUUCAUAAAGUUG